AUUGGCUGCUAAACAUCCUCAUUUUUUUCUUCUGGGUCUUAAAGACGAUGCUGUAACCAGUUCAAAAACGGAGCCGACAGCUUCACUUCCUCUUUUCGAACUUCCGUUUGUGUGGGCGAAGCCGGCAGCGGUCACGUUUCAGGGCGCAGGCGCGAGAGGGCGGGGCGGUCGCCAUGGCAAUGCGCGCGUCGCCCAGGCCUUUUCGGCGGAUUGGAAGCGCUGGAGCUGCUGCGCUGGCUGCUGGCGGGGCUGGCGGGGCUGGCGGCGCGGAGUGGCGGGGACGGCCGGCACCUCUGCAGGAUGAGACCCUGGGCGUGGCGUCCGUGCCCUCGCAGUGGAGGAGCGUCCAGGGCAUCUGCGGGGAGACGAAAAGUUGUCAGACAGCGGGCGUUGCCACAGCUGAGGCGUCUGUCCAGGCCCGGACACAUGCAAAUGCCCAGGUGCAGACAGAGGCUCCUGAGGAGCCAGCGACUGUGGCUCCUGUUUCCCAGUACGACACCCUCAGACUUGCAGCCUUUCUCCGGAGGGUGGAGGCGAUGGUCACCCGGGAGCUGAACAACAACUGGCAGAGCCACGCCUUCGACGGUUAUGAGGUGAACUGGAUGGAGCAGCAGCAGACGGUGUCCUGUCUGCACACUCUGGUCUACCCCCUAGCCCAAGGGCAAGGUCUGCAUGUCACCGGCAUUUCCUGGAACGCCACAGGCUCUGUGCUGGCCUGUGCCUAUGGUCGACUAGAUGACGGGGACUGGAGUACACUCAAGUCCUAUGUGUGUACCUGGAACCUGGACCGCCAAGGCCUGAACCCCCAGCAGCCGUCAGUAGUGGUGGAGGUGCCCAGUGCUGUCAUGUGCCUGGCCUUUCAUCCCACACAGCCCUCCCACAUUGCAGGGGGUCUAUACAGUGGUGAGGUGCUGGUGUGGGACACGAGCCGGCCCGAGGACCCGCUGCUCUGGCGUACAGGUCUGACGGAUGACACUCACACGGACCCAGUGUAUCAGGUGCUAUGGUUGCCUGAACCCCGGCACAGCCACCGCUUCCAGGUCCUGAGUGUGGCCACAGAUGGGAGGGUGCUGCUCUGGAGAGGCAGUGGGGCUGGUCAGCUGUGGCUCUCCAAAGGCUUUGCCCUUGCUGUGCAGCAGCUACCUCGGAGCACCAAGCUGAAGAAGCCACCCCGUGGAGAGACUGAGGUGGGGGUGACAUCAGUGGCCUUCUCCAGCUUUGACUCCAGCCUUUUCGUUCUGGGCACAGAAGGUGGCUUCCCCCUCAAGUGUUCCCUGGCAGCAGAGGCAGCUGCUCUCACUCGGAUGCCCAGUUCUGUGCCUCUUAGGGCCCCGGUGCAGUUCACCUUCUCUCCCCAUGGUGGCCCUGUGUAUUCUGUGAGCUGUUCCCCUUUUCACAGGAAUCUCUUCCUGAGUGCUGGGACUGAUGGCCAUGUCCACCUGUACUCCAUGCUGCAGGCGCAACCCCUCACCUCACUGCAGCUCUCUCACAAGUACCUGUUUGCUGUGCGCUGGUCCCCUGUGCGCCCCUUGGUUUUUGCUGCUGCUUCUGGGGAAGGUGAUAUACAACUGUUCGACCUCCAGAAAAGCUCACAGAAACCCACAAUUUCCAUAACACAAACCCAGGAUGGAAGUCCUGUCUACUGUCUUGAAUUUAAUAGCCAGCAGACGCAGCUCUUAGCGGCCGGUGAUGCUAAGGGCACGGUCAAAGUGUGGCAGCUGAGCACAGCCUUCACAGAACAAGGACCCCGGGAGGCAGAGGACCUGGACCAGCUGGAGGCAGAAAUUGCUACCUGAGAGCCACCAGGGGCAGGGUGGGGUGUCCCCUUUGGAUGGCUGUGUGCUAAGCUAGAUAAAGAGGAACCAAGCCUGUA